ACAGGAAGUGACGCUGAAAAGCAUAAGCGCGCGGGAGUUCGAUGAUUUGUUUUUAGCUAUAGUAACUUUAACCACUACAGUUCAUUAACUUUAACUAUUAACGCCUUAGACAAUAGCCCGUCAUUACAGCACUGAAAUGUCACAUGAACCAGAUUUGCCUCAAGCUCUUGUUUCCCUUAAAAAUGUCGAUAACUUGCUUCGAUGUCCCAUCUGCUUUGAUUACCUGAACAUUUCAAUGAUGGCUCAGCAGUGCUCUCACACAUUUUGCUCCCUGUGUAUUCGGAAAUUCCUGUCCUACAAAUCGCAGUGUCCUGUGUGUAAUUUAGCUACUACAGAAACAGAUUUAAAGAACAACAGGAUUCUGGACGAUAUUGUUAAGAGCUUUCAAGCAACAAGGCAGCGGUUGUUGCAGUCACCACCCAUGUCCCCAAAGCCCCCAUCUUCCUCUGCAGCGAAGAGGGUGGCUCUGAAGAGAGAAGGCACGCUCCUCAGUCACUUCCUGCGAAAGGAGCCCUCGCGUGAGGACCCCAGACCGCCACCGGCCCGCGAGGUGGAGGGAACCGCCGCGGCGGAUGAACCGCGCGCGAUCGACAGCGGCGCGGAACUGCCGCCGCCGCCGCCGCCGGGGUCACCUGCCACCGGGUCUUCAUGUUCGCGGCCUGACCCAAGUUCCCUCCCCGCAUCGAAGGAAGGGAGCCCAGUGGUGAAAGUGGAGUGUCCCGUGUGCUUUGUGGGAAUUUCCCAGCAGUUCAUCAACAAGCACCUGGACGGCUGCCUGCGCAGGAAUGAGAAAGAGGAGAGCCUGCGGAGCUCUCUUGGGAAGAGGAAGCCUUUGGCCAAGGUAGUGUACUCCCUGCUGUCUCUGCAAGAGCUGAAGAGGAGACUGAAGGAUUUCCAGCUCUCUACCCAGGGCCCCCGGGACCAGCUGGAAAGGAGGCACCAGGAGUUUGUGCACAUGUACAAUGCACAGUGUGACUCCCUGAAUCCCAAAUCAGCACAAGACAUAGCAAAAGAGAUUGAGAAGAAUGAGAAGGCUCGCAUUCAGGCUCAGUGCAACUCCAAAUGCAUGCCCUUGUUUUCAAAAGGCCAAACUGAUAAAGAAAUUGAAGAAGUACAUUCAAAUUACAGGAAACAGCACAGCGAUGAGUUUUCUCGCCUAAUCACUGCGGUUAAAAGUCGAUGGAAGACAUCCAAAAGAGCACAGAUUGAGCAGGAAGAUAAAGGAGGCAGUGCUGGCCAGAAAGAAUUCUCAUCAGAAUCUUUAAAUGAAGACACCCUCAAUGACGAGGUUCCAGUCACGACUUUGGAAGAGAGCAGUCUGCAGAUAGAGGUCAUUCCAACAUCACCCUUAGCUCUCAGUGAUGUGUCCACCAGCAGCUCUGUCUCAGAAGUGUUCAGCUCAGAACCUGACUUAAGCCCUGAGAACAUGGAUAACCUGUGCUGUGGAAAGCGGAAAGCUUUAGCUUCCAGAGACGAAGAUUUGACUCAAUAUGGACAAAGCGGCAAGCGAGCGCGACAGAACUGACAAGAAUUUAAGAUUCAUUGCUGAGGGGAAAAAUAUUUUUUCCAUAUUCUGUCUUUUGUUUUUACUAUUCUUUUAACGCAUUAAAUAAUUUUUAACAUAUCUAUGAAAAUCACAAAAUUGUUUUUGUUUUCUCCUAGUUUGUGUGUUACUGAAAAGCACUUGAAGGAUGAAGUGACUCACCUCAUGAGUCGGUGCCUGAUCAUACCGGCAGCCAUCAAUUACUCCAGGCAGGUUCAGCUGUUAUUUAUCACGGUGCCUUCCAAUAUCAGGAUAAUAUACAGUGUCAGAGGAAAGAAUGAAUGCCUGCCUUGGCCGAUUGCAUAGAUAUCCUUGCCCUUGUGUGGAAAUAUGACGAUUUCUGAAACCGGGUGGGUUGAGAGACUCCAAGCAGGCAUAACCCAGGCUUCUCACAUUCUUUUUUUUUUCUGAUUUUUUGAAAGAAUAAGAUGAUGGGAUCGCCAGCUGAGAUCAAUUAGAGGAAUGCUCAGAUGUGCGCGCGACUGUGCAUAAUACAUUUGAAACGGAGAAGGCUUUGCAUGCAAGGGUCCUGCCUGCGAGGGCCGUACUCGCCUCAAUGUGUACUCAAUUAGAGAGCUAUAGGAUCUUAAAGCAAUGUAAACAUGGCCCAGUGGCGUGCAAGGAGGCCGAGGCUCGGAAGUGUGCUAUAAACAAGACCUUCAGUCGUGCUGAUAUCAUGUUCUGUGCACGAUGAGCUGGUUGUGUCAGCCUGGCCUUGCUUCAUGGUUGUUAUGUUUCUAGAUUCAUCCUAAAGUACAUCUUUAAACAAGUGUUCAUGUCUUUGGGGCAAUGACCAUGGUUUAUUAUUAUUAUUAUUACUGUUAUUAUUUAUCAAAUCACUCAGUUGUCAGGUAGCAUCAUAGCUGUCACCAUCAAAACACCCAGCAGUCAGUUAUGGCUAUAGCUGCACUCAUGGUCUGUGUAACUAGUUGCCAUCAAUUCACCCAAUGGUGUCUCAUGCUAUGGGACUGGCGGCUGGUAAAUUUCCCUGUGGCCUGGCAUUACCAUGGUUACUCUCAAAUCAAAAAUCUAACCGUUAUAGCUAUACCUCUAGUUAGUCGAGCCUUCCAUUAAUCAUUUAAUGACUGUAGAAACAGUCUCUUACAACCCAGUGAUCAUUUAAGACUGUUUUUAACACUUAAAGCUAAUCUGCUUGGGAUCAUUUAUGUGGAAAUGUGGCUAUGUUCAAUGGGCUUGCUUUGGGAAGAGGGGAAGGGAUGUAUGCUGCGGUGGGGCGGGGGCAGCUGCUCUCAGGACUGUCUGGAAAAAAUAAAGCUGCUUAUGAUUUCUUAGCAUGUUUAUUAGAUUAUUUUUGUGCUUUGGCAUUUUUUCCUUACAGCAGUUUACAUCAUGAAUUGUAUGUAGAAGAAAAGACCUGAGGGGCGUUUUAAAAACAUUUUAUAGAGCUUGGCCUGCGAACUCAAAUACAGAAUGUUCAAUAACUGGACUUUAAUUGGACGUUAAAUUGUUUCAUUCUCAUGGAUUAAAUGUUUUCAUUCAAGA